GAGGGGAGAGAGAGUGAGGAAGAGGGAGGGCUGUGUGGCGUGAGGCAGUGCGUGUGCUCGGUGUUUAGGUGAAUCCACAGCCCUCUGGCUCACAAGGAUAAAGCAGCUUCUCCAAGAAAGACACAGAGAAAAGCAACACUAGGACUUCCUUUUUGACCCUCUUUUUUUUGUUGCAUCCUCUGCCCCCCUUGCUGCAUUUUCACAAGACUGGUUUGUCUCCUUUUUUUGGGUCUCUUUUGUUCCCGGCAUCCAUCUGUGUUUCACCUCCUCCUCGGUCCAGGGAGAAAGCAAGGAAGAGCCUCAUCCUCCCCUCCUGCACGCCCAGCCGGUGGUGGCUGCUGAUGCUGUAACCACUGUGUGGAGCUGACAAGCCCUGGUUGAUGCAGUGAAGUGUUUUAGAGGGAUAAACACAAUUGAAGGUCGCCAGCCAUGGGGAACCUCAUUAAGGUCCUUGGCAAGGAUUUAGAGAACUGUCCACAUUUUUUCCUGGACUUUGAAAGGGGCUCAUGGGAAACCUCCUGAAAGUGCUGGCUUGCGCCGAACUUGAGCAUGGCCCAAUAGUUUUCCUUGACUUUGAACAUGCCCAGCCCACGGAGGCGGAGACGGCGGUGUGGAACCAGGUCAGCGCCGUGCUGGAGGAGGCUCAUGGGAUCCUAGCCGAGCUGCAGUCCUAUAAUGGAGCGGGCCAAGAGAUACGAGAAGCCAUCCAGAACCCGGGAGACCUCGCUCUGCAGGAGAAAGCCUGGAACGCAGUCUGCCCCCUGGUGGCCAAACUGAAGCGCUUCUACGAGUUCUCCCUCAGACUGGAGAACGCCCUGCGCAGCCUGCUGGAGGCGCUGACCAGCCCUCCGUACGCCCCCAUGCAGCACCUGGAGAGAGAGCAGGCACUGGCCAAACAGUUCGCUGAGAUCCUGCAUUUUACACUCAGCUUUGAUGAACUAAAGAUGACAAAUCCAGCCAUUCAGAACGACUUCAGCUACUACAGGAGGACUAUAAGCAGGAACCGGCUGAACAACCAGCAGCUGGAGGCGGAGAACGAGGUCAACAAUGAGAUGGCCAAUCGGAUGUCUCUGUUCUACGCUGAAGCAACACCAAUGCUGAAGACUCUGAGUAACGCCACCACCAAGUUUGUUUCAGAGAAUAAGACCUUGCCGAUAGAGGACACCACAGACUGUCUGAGCACAAUGGCCUGCGUGUGCCGCGUCAUGCUGGAGACUCCGGAGUACCGCUGUCGGUUCACCAACACAGACACCAUGCUGUUCUGCAUGAGGGUGAUGGUGGGAGUCAUCAUCCUCUACGACCACGUUCACCCCGUCGGGGCUUUUGCAAAGACCUCCAAAAUCGAUAUGAAGGGCUGCAUCAAGGUGCUGAAAGAGCAACCGUCCAACAGCGUGGAGGGACUUCUGAACGCACUGAGGUAUACGACACGACAUCUAAACGAUGACAGCACCUCCAAACAAAUCAGGGCCCUCCUGCAAUGAGAAGGUUUGGAGAGGGAGGAGAGAAGGAGUGCACUUGAAGGAGGAGACAAAAGAAGACGAGGAGGAAACGAACGCCAGUGUCUGAUAAAAACCUGUCGGUUUACAACGAUCAAAGAAGAAGAGGAAAAUAAUUAUAUAUAUUGUCAGCUGUCCAUCAUUCUGUCUCUCAUUUUGUAAAGUAUGAAAAGAGAAAAAAAAGCCAGAAAAUAAAAUAUAGAUAUAUAUUAAAAACAAGUGAAACACAAGCAGAAGAGGAAAAGUAAGUAGGAAGUUAUAUUGCGAAAUUUACUGUCAGAAGCGACGCAAACUGAAAAUGUACAAAAAGAAACAAAAAAAGGGUUCAUGUUCCAGCAGUAGUCUGACAAGUAUUUUUGCACACAAACAACGCCAUCUCCUUUCCCCUGAAAAUCUGAUCCCAAACUGACCCCUGCAGACUUUCCUGUGCCCCCUCACACACUCAGUUUUAAACUCCCCAGGUUGCAGACGCUGUUUCCUGCUUCAGCUGCACCGAUCUCCACCUGCAGGAGAUUUACGAAGCAAUGUGAUGGAUGCACUCCGGAGAUUUGCUUCUUCCUGUUUUGUUUAUUAAUGCAUCGGCGCAGCUGAAGGAAAGGAUGCAAGGAGAUGAGUGUCUCCGGAUUCCUCCCAUCAUUCCUAUCCACCCAUACGUGUUUUUCCUUGGCACUAAACUCCAUCGUAUGUGCCCUUAGACUGUAUAAGAUCCAGCAUCUUGUGUGUAGUCUGGCUUUACUUGAACAAUGUAGUUCACUCUCUUUCUCCAUGGUGCUAAUGUGGUUUAGAUAUCACAGUACUAGCUUGUUAGAUAUCCAUUUAUUCGUCCCUUUUUUUGCACUAAUCUCAAUUUCUGAGAACAUGUGCUUUACGCUAUAAUGUGAUUUCACAUUAGUGCACAAACAGGGACAAAUAACUGGAGAUAAAAAGGCUUUGUAGGAAACCACAGCACACUUACUUCUUCACCCAGUGCCAAAGCUGAUUGGUUUUUGCUUUUAUUUCACCAUGAAGCGAGGGGGAUUUGAGGAUUUAAGGGGAUGAAAUCUUGUAAAACAUCACUGAUAAUCAUUAUGAGGGUAUGAAAGUACAACAUGCACAGAAAAGUCACAAGGCGAUUCACACACAUGCAUUUUAAAGGGGAGAUCUGCAGUGUAAAUAUGUGAGGCUUUUUUCAACGGGCAUCUAACAUGGUCAGCUUGGGUCCUCGAGGAACAACAUUCAUCGAAAAUCUACUGUUAUUUCUUUUAGUAUGAGGUUGUCUAAAGAACUAAGUAAUUGAAUAAGUGGGAAUUUAAAAGUGAAAAUAAAAAUCAGAGAUUAAAAAGAAGUGCUGUACUUUGGAUGUCUAUAGCCCUUAGUCUAAUUUAAUUUGAUCUUAUAAUAUAUUUUCUAUACAGGGGUAUGUGCACAAGCAUAGUCUGUAUAAAUAUAUAGAUGGCAUGUUGUAAAAGUUCUGACAGAAAUGUGUAAAUAAGGUGUUUUUAUUCAUUUUUAAUUGUUCAGUGACGCUGGAAUUGGGUAUGUGUUGUCUCUCAGAAUUACCAUGCGUUUGGCUUGGACCAUCGGACUUGCCGUAGUCAUAGGUUUCAGAAACUCAGCUUCAUUAUUGCAGAUGAACCAGAGGGAGGGUGGGGGGUUGCGGGGACAGGGGC